GGGAUGCUCCUGUCCAAGAUCAACUCCCUGGCCCACCUGCGCGCAGCGCCUUGCAACGACCUGCACGCCAACAAGCUGGCGCCGGGCAAAGAGAAGGAGCCCCUGGAGUCGCAGUACCAGGUGGGCCCGCUGUUGGGCAGCGGUGGCUUCGGCUCGGUCUACUCGGGCAUCCGCGUCGCCGACAACUUGCCGGUGGCCAUCAAGCACGUGGAGAAGGACCGGAUUUCCGACUGGGGGGAACUGCCCAACGGCACCCGAGUGCCCAUGGAAGUGGUCCUGCUGAAGAAGGUGAGCUCGGGCUUCUCGGGCGUCAUUAGACUUCUGGACUGGUUCGAGAGGCCCGAUAGUUUCGUGCUGAUCCUGGAGAGGCCCGAACCCGUGCAAGACCUCUUCGACUUCAUCACCGAGCGAGGAGCCCUCCAGGAGGAGCUGGCCCGGAGCUUCUUCUGGCAGGUGCUGGAGGCCGUGCGGCAUUGCCACAACUGCGGGGUUCUCCACCGCGACAUCAAGGACGAGAACAUCUUAAUCGACCUGAACCGCGGCGAACUCAAACUCAUCGACUUCGGGUCGGGGGCGCUGCUCAAGGACACAGUCUACACGGACUUUGACGGAACCCGAGUGUACAGUCCUCCAGAGUGGAUUCGCUACCAUCGCUACCACGGCAGGUCGGCUGCUGUUUGGUCCCUGGGGAUCCUGCUCUAUGACAUGGUCUGCGGAGAUAUUCCAUUUGAGCACGACGAAGAGAUCGUCAAGGGCCAAGUGUACUUUAGGCAAAGGGUCUCUUCAGAAUGUCAACAUCUUAUUAGAUGGUGCCUGUCCCUGAGACCAUCGGACCGGCCCUCCUUUGAAGAAAUCCAGAACCAUCCGUGGAUGCAGGAUGUUCUCCUGCCCCAGGCCACCGCCGAGAUUCAUCUGCACAGCCUGUCACCAUCACCCAGCAAAUAGCAGCCAUUCUGUCAGACCCUCCAGGGAAGAGAGAGCUUGUCUGCUGGCCUCCAACAGGACCCUGCUCUACGAUGCAGGGACAGAAAUGACAACUCAUUCCAGGCUCCGGGGUCCCUGGAGCAACCUCCCUCAAGGAGAAGAGACUAGUUCACUCGUCCUGGACCCCGCUUUGCCCCUCACAGACUCAGUGGCGUCCAGUGUGGCUGGGCUCCGCAGAAUCCCGGGUGUUGGGGGGGGAGGUGGGAGUGGGUCAGAGCCCUGUCAUGGAACUUUAGUCACCAUGGAGACUGUGGGUCACCAAGAUGGGCCAGGGUAGGGGAAAAACAUUUGGGGGGUGGGAUUAAAAACUAGCACCAU